AUGUCGCCUCAAUCCCGCUGUAUUUUCCUAGACUUGCUUUUCGAAAGGAUUUCGUUUCAGGAAUUGGCGAAAAGGCGAGAUUUGCGGAGUCACACGAUUUGCAGCGUGGAUCCCCCGGGAUGCACCGAUAUUGACGACGCUUUGCACUGUCGUGUCCUGGACAAUGGCAACUUUGAAGUUGGCGUGCACAUCGCGGACGUGUCGCACUUCAUUCGCCCGAACACGGCCAUCGACGAAGAAGCUGCAGUCCGGGGUACAACCGUGUACUUGGUGGACAAACGCAUUGACAUGGUUCCGGGUUUAUUGAGCUCAAACUUGUGCUCACUUCGUGGAAAUGAAGAGCGCUACGCCUUCAGCGUCAUCUGGGAAGUGACCCCUGAGGUGGAAUUCGUGAGAACUGAAGCCUUCAAGAGCAUAAUUAAGUCGUCUGCUGCGUUGACGUACGAACAAGCCCAGCUGAAAAUUGACGACCCGUCGUUGAAGGACGAAUUGACCCUUGGGCUCAGAAGAUUGAAUAUGUUGGCGAAAAGAAUGAGAAAGAAGCGAGCUGAAGCUGGUGAAACCCACGAUCCCGUGGAAGUGCAGGUGAAGAAGAUGCUGGAAACCAACUCGAUGGUGGAGGAAUGGAUGUUGAAGGCGAACAUGACAGUGGCGGCCAUGAUUUAUGAGACGUUUCCCGAGUGCGCCUGUCUCCGACGUCACCCCGCACCGCCAGUGUCGAGUUUUGAGCCUGUCGUGAAAGCCACGAAUCCCAGGGGCUUCAAGAUUGACGUUUCGAGCAACAAAAAUCUUGCCUGCAGUCUUGACAAGGCAGUUGUUAAUGAGAAUCCGUAUUAUAACACCAUGCUGCGGAUUUUGACGACCAGGUGCAUGAUGCAAGCGGUCUAUUUUGCGUCCGGAACUAUUGAUUACGAAGAAUUUUAUCAUUAUGGUUUGGCUGCGCCGAUCUACACUCACUUCACCUCGCCAAUUCGGAGAUAUGCGGAUAUAAUCGUGCAUCGAUUGCUGGCCGUGACGAUCGGUGCGGAUUCCACUUAUCCUGGUCUGACUGACAAAAAUCGGACCCAGGUCAUCUGUAAUAACAUCAAUUAUCGACACAAAAUGGCCCAAUAUGCUGGCCGCGCAUCAGUGAAUUUGCACACUAGGAUGUUCUUCAAGGGAAGAGUUUCGGAGGAGGACGGAUACGUGUUGCAAAUCAGGAAGAAUGCGUUGCAAGUUCUUGUGCCGAAAUACGGGCUUGAGGCAACAUUGUUUCUGGAAGGGAAGCAAAUCGAUCCCAAGAUAAUCAAAUUUGUCUAUGAUGAAUCCGAACCAAGCCAAACCUGCGGGUCUGUGAAAUUCUCAACCUUCGAUAAGGUCGUCGUACAAAUCUCUAUAGACGAGUCAAAUGUGCAAAGGGAGAAAUUGGUCCUCCGCCUCGUGCACCCAAAGGUUCCUGGCUUCAGCGUGGAUCCACUGCCACAGAAGCCGAAGUGA